AUGAGCCCUGGAGCCGGCGACGCAGGCGUUUUGGGCCUGGUGAAAGCCAAAACCGGAACUCCCAUGUUGGAUUUGAAGGUGCUCCAGGAACUGCUCAUGUUUGUAUCACCCAGCACGACUCAGGGCAGUCCACUUGAAGAGUCGAGUGACACCAUGCGACACCUGGUCAACAACUGGGAACGACUUCCACUGGGGCACGCGCGUCACGCGCAAGCGCCCAGGAACCUUGGGCAGCGACACGCUGCCCUGGUGGGUACUGCUCUAGUGGGAGCCGCCGCCAGCUCCCGCAAGCCUCGGCCCAAGGGGGCCAUGGGCUAUGCAGGCAUCACCUGCAUGAAGGCGGCGCCCAGUUGGGAAGGAUUGGCCACAGAAGCGCGGGGGACCGAUGCAGGCCAGGAGGUGCUCCAGCACUGGGCGGAUCGUGCCGAGGGCAUCGUCCCGCAUACCGAUGCCAAGGUGCGCUACUUUGGCACUGAGCGUCAAAAGCCACGGGUGAAAAUCUUUCGAGAUCAAGCGGCCUGGUGCCCAUACUGUCAGAAAGUGUGGCUGCUUCUUGAAGAGAAGAAAGUUGACUAUGAGAUAGAAAAGGUGCCGAUGCGGUCCUAUGGUGACAAGCCCAAAGAGUUCCUGCAAUUGGUGCCACGAGGGCUUCUCCCCGCCAUGGAGUUGGAUGGCAAGGUCAUGACUGAAAGUCUGGAUAUCAUGUUCACAAUUGAAAGAGCUUUCCCAAAUCCGGACAAGCCAAUGUUCCCCAUGUCAGGGCCCCUGCGGGAGAGGGCCUCCCGGCUGCUGCAGCUGGAGCGAGAGCUGUUUGGCGCUUGGUGCCAAUACCUCUUCCGCCCGGACAUGCCCUUCCUUGGGGGCAGUGAGGACGACUUUACCCGGACGCUGGAGGAGGUCGAUCGAGAGCUGGGAUCCAACUCGGAAUCGCCCUUCUUUUUGCCCUACCCACAUCCCACCAUUGUCGACAUGCAGUACGUCUCGCAUGUGGAGCGAGCGGUGGCCAGUGUCAUGUACUACAAGGGCUAUAACAUCCGCAAGAAGUUUCCUAACAUCGAUCGCUGGCUUUCUGCUUACGAAGAGUUGCCUCACUACAUGGCCAGCAAGAGUGACUACUACACUCACUGCAUGGAUAUUCCUCCGCAGUAUGGCCCAUGCUUCUCCAACGACAGCGAGACCGCCGUGCAGGCCCGAGUUGGAAUGAUACAACUCUUCAACCUGUCACAAUGA